GUUCUGGAGCAGCUGGGGUGUGUGUGUUCUCAUGCAGGGCUCUGCCCUAGUUCCUCUUCUCCAGGCUCUAUUCAGGACAGAGGGAAUUAGGGCUCUAGCUCCUUUCCCCAUGUGCCCCUACACAGAGCCUGGGAAGGCCAAGACUCCUGGCCUGGGAUAGACUGGGAGCUGAAGGUGAAAGACUAAUGGAUUCACCCUCCUCUUCCUUCUCCUAGAACUCCUCCGAGUUCCCCUACACAAUUAACUCUUUACUGUUGGUGAUCCAGCUGCAAGCUGCUGAGACUGAAAUCAAAGACUUGCCGUCCGAGUUUGAGCUGGAGAAGUUUGAUUAUCUCCCCACCAUUCGCCGAAGGAGCGGGACUGCUUGCUCUUUCAGCAGCUUCUGGAUCAGGUACAGCCCGUCAUGUGGCAUGACAGUAACUACAGCAACCUAGAUAAGAUCAGACACGAGUCGGUCUGGGAUGAGGACAGCGGCUGCUGAAAACUCCUGGAGCCUGUCAUUCAAAAAACCAGCCUCCCUGCAGUUAAGAAAGCAGUUCCAUCACUGCCACAGACUAAGCCAGCCAGGAAGAGCGCCUCAGGCGAGAACGGAGAGCUGCUGAUGCAUUCUUCAUUCUGCCUAUCAUGAGUUCCAGUCAAAAAGGGGAGAAACAGGAGCUGCCAAAGUCACUGGAGCUAAGCAAAGGUCUAAAGCAGCUGUACCAGCACCAGUUGCUCUGUGAUGCCACGUUAGUGUGUGAAGGAAGGAAAUUCUCCUGCCAUAGAGUACUGCUAGCAGCUGUCAGUCCUUACUUUAAGGAUAUUUUCACAAGCUCCUGCAAAGAAUCCCAGGGUGGAGAAGUUGUGCUGCAGGAUAUGGCUCCUUCCAUCCUCCAAAGCAUAUUAAAAUAUAUCUACACAGAAGAGCUAUCACUUAGUCUAGAGACAGCCCCAGAUCUGUUUGCAGCAGCCAGCAAGCUACAGAUCCUCCCCCUAGUGGAGAUCUGCUGCAGGUUUCUUUUGAAGACCAUUUCCAUACAGAACUGCAUUGGGCUGUACAGACUGGCUCAGGCUUACAACCACCAAGCUCUCCUUUAUGCUACCAUGCAGCUCAUCACCCUAAACUUUGGAAGGUUCUGUGAGGAUGACGACUUCUUGAGUCUGGACGUCAGCAGUUUAAUCACCAUCCUGUCUUCAGAUGGCCUUGCAGUUGCUUCUGAGUUAGAAGUGUACCAGGCUGUGCGUCGCUGGAUACAGUUUCAACCCACCACAGGCCGCUCCCUCCUCAAUGAGCUGAUGAGCUGGAUUCAGAACGGUAUGGGGAUGUUCAGCUUCACUGGAAGCAGUUGGACAGUGAAGAGAGGUUGCUCGAGAGCGGGGGACUCAGACAGGGCAUGUCUGAUGAACUGA